GCUCGCACGGCCUGCACGUCCGCCUGCCACCCGCUCCUGCCGCGACCUGCCGCCCGCAGCCGCCCACGCCGCCCGCGCGCCCACCGUCCUAGUACGACGUGAUAGUCUCGGUAACACAGCGGCGCGCCGGAUCCUCGACAGACUUUUCGGUAAGACUCGGAGCGGCGGCCGGAGUGAGUGACUUACUGGUGGCUCGAGUGAAGGUGUCGCAGACAUGGAGGACAACUCCAUCCCUGACGACUGCAGGAGUGUACGUUCAGGGGGGUCGGCAGGGGGGCGGUCCCCCCCGCCCUUGUCACCCGUCAUAACUAGCAUGGUGGGCUGUGUGUCUCCAAGCAGCCCUCCGCCGCCCCUGCUCGCCGCGCCGCCCCUCUCCGUGCCCGGGCCCUCGCCGCCCGGAGGGCACUCGCCGCCCAUCUUCCCCUCCCCCCCACCCACGUCCCGCCCGCCGCCCUUCCUGCCCGCCCUCUACUUCUCGCACGCCUACAACUCGCCGCCGCCGCCCAUCCACACGUCGGACCCGACCGCCAACGACUGCAAGCUGGUUGAAUAUCGCGGCCAGAAGGUGGCGGCCUUCAUCAUCAACAGCGAGACGAUGCUGUGCCUCCCGCAGGCGUUCGAGCUGUUCCUGAAGAACCUGGUGGGCGGCCUGCACACGGUCUACACCAAGCUCAAGCGGCUGGGCAUCGAGCCCCUGGUGUGCAACGUGGAGCAAGUGCGUGUGCUGCGAGGCCUGGGCGCCAUCCAGCCCGGCGUCAACAGGUGCAAGCUGCUCUCCAUCAAGCACUUCGACGUUCUCUACAAGGACUGCACCACCGCCAGGUAA